AUGUCUGGACUCCUCGACAAGGCCAAGAACGCAGUCAAGGGCGGUAGCUCCUCUGGCGGAAACGCCGGUGCUGGCGGCCAGCAGUCUGGCAUCGAGAAGGGCAUCAGCGGUGUCGGCCACACCCAAAUCGACAACGCAACCGACCGCGCAGGUCUCGGCGACAAGUACGACGACAAGAUCAACAAAUUCGCCGACGGCCAAAUCAACAAGAACGUGCCAGGCGGUGCGACGAAGUAG